CAUAUGAUAGCGAUCCGGGGUCCGAAACACCGCAGCCGACACCAACUUGUUCGCGGUCCACUUCGAACAACUCUCAAGGGAACUUUUUCUCCCACCCCCUCCCUUAAAAACAACUUUGGAGUCGCCGGGGGUGGUCGAGGAGGGGCUCGCAUCAUCCGGAGACGAGUUGGGCUCGGAACCGAGCAGGGGGGGGGGCGGCUGUGAUUUGAAGAAUAGCCGCUUGAGAGACACGCUCGUCGGACGGAAGACCCGUGGUGUCCGUUUGGAGACUUUUUUGUUUGUUUGUUUGCUUGUUUGAUAAACCCCCCCACCACCAUCGCUCCACCAUACAAUAUUUUUGUAAUAAAUCAAACCAGAGUGCUUUUGCAUCGACGCUUCAGCCAUGGUCGGGGAGACAGAGGUGAAGGAGCGACCCAAGUCCAACCCGGACUAUUUAAUGCAGCUGAUGAACGAUCGGAAGGUUAUGAGUUCAUUGCCAAACUUCAGCGGCAUCUUCACGCAUCUGGAGCGGCUGCUGGAUGAAGAAAUCGGGCGGGUACGCAAGGACAUGUACAACGACACGGUGAACGGAGGCAUGUUCAACGGACGCGAUAUGGAGGAACUGCCCGAAGCCGUCGGAGCCGUGGCCCAGCUGCAAGAGAAGCUCUAUGUGCCGGUCAAAGAGUACCCCGACUUUAAUUUUGUCGGGAGGAUCCUAGGCCCGCGAGGACUGACGGCCAAACAGCUGGAGGCGGAGACCGGCUGCAAGAUCAUGGUGCGCGGGAAAGGCUCAAUGAGGGACAAGAAGAAGGAGGAGAUGAACCGAGGCAAGCCCAACUGGGAGCACCUGAGCGAGGACCUUCAUGUCCUGAUCUCAGUGGAGGACACGCACAACCGCGCCAAGAUCAAGCUGCAGCGGGCCAUCAACGAAGUCAAGAAACUCCUCAUCCCCGCUGCUGAAGGCGAGGACAACUUGAAGAAAAUGCAGCUGAUGGAGUUGGCCAUUCUCAAUGGAACCUACAGAGACGCCAAUGUCAAGACACCCACCGCCGGGUUCCCACUCGGCACCCCGCAGGCCCCUCGCAUCAUCACCGGCCCCACGCCCGUCCUGCCACCUGCCCUGCGCAACCCCGCCCCCGUGACCACGCCGACCAUCAUGCCUCUGAUCCGUCAGAUCCAGAGCUCCGCCCUCGUGCCGGGCGGCAACCCGCAUCCGGCGCUGCUUCCCCAAGGACCCGAGUCGGGGAUCAUCUACACGCCCUACGAGUACCCCUACACAUUGACGCCCUCCAUAUUGGAAUACCCCAUCGACUCGACCGGCGUAUUAGGUAUGGCUUUCCCAACCAAAGGCUAAGCGAUUAGCUAUACGUCUUAGCGCACACGGACUGGCUUGCAGAGACCCCCCUCCCCAUCUCCCCGACCCCUCCCCUUCCAGAGCCAACACCCCAAUCCCACCACCCCUUCCCUUUUAAACGCUUCCAGUAUGCUACAGAGCAAAAGCUCACAGCUUGCUCACACUGUCGGACGACAGAUUCCUCGCGCUAUAGUCGAGUGUCCAUGGCUUCUUCUCGCUCGUGACUUCUAUUAGCUGACUAGCGUGGUGGUGUGAUGCCUUCAAUUCUAACCUUUUCUUAAAAAAAAAAAAAAAAUUCCGCUUAUUAUUGUAACAUUUUUUUUCUAGCGUAGAUGUUCUAGCGCGCUUUUUGUGAUUUAAUAUAUCUUUUUUUCUAAAAAAGAAACAAUUUUAUUCAUUCCAGUGCCUCAUCAGUGUGAUUUUGAAGCUACUAGUGAAACUUUAUUUUGGAUAGAAAGUAGUGGUUUGGAUUCAUUUUUAGAGAACAGAAGACCACAACACGAUAUGACGGUCCUCUUUGAAUGACUUAACCCUCCUGUUAUGUAUGAACGCUUAUCACUUAUGGCUGAGGUGAAAUAAGGUGUGUAUGUGUAUGUGUGACAGAAUAGAAUUGACCGUUUCUGACGUCUCGCUUUUAGCCUGUUGUGUCACUGCCAGGUUAUGUAUGAGAAAGGAGGUAUUUGCAAAUUAUUUUUUAAUAUAUACGAAAAAUGAAGGCCAGCACCUCGAAAUCCCAGUUUAAUGAUGACAAAUAAAUGCAAAUUAUUAUUUUUUCUAUAUUUAAAAAAAAAAGUUAAGCUUGAGUAAGGCCAGCAUAAGAAUUUUUUUAUUCUACAAUUGUUGUCUUUGUCCCUUACCAAGAAUGUUUAUGGGUCAAUGUGACCCACUCUAUGUGUAAUCAACAUAUAAAAAAAACUUGUAUAUUUUUAAAUUAUUAUUUUUUACAGCCAGAAAAGGGAAGACUAGAGAAGUACAUUUUUUUUACAAAACAAAUCUAGAUUUUUGAAGUGAUCAGUUUGACCCGCAGAAUAAUAAGAAUCUUAAAACGGGUUGAUUUGACCCACAUCAUAACAGGAGGGUUAAAAUCUUCAUCCACCCGACCCCCCCAUCCCACCCACCCCCUUUUGUGCACGUUGUCAAAUCUCCCAGAAGUGGCGGCUGACGUUGUGAUGUGUCUUUUCUGAUGAGUAACCUUCUGUAUUCUGUUUUGGCCAACGUCAUCGCGCUUGUUAGCAGGUGCCAUGACCGCUAAGGUACGCCGCCAAGACAAGAGAAUCCAUCCUUACCAAAGGGUAGUGACCACAGACAGAGGUUAGUUAGCUCACCAGCCACUUUAUGUGUGUGUGUGCGUGCGUGUGUGCAUGCAGACCAAGGGACCAGUUAUUGUGAGUUUGUCUUAGCAUGGCAUGCCAAGAUCAAAUGUGAAAACAGUCUUGUUGCAGUAAGAGUGACAUUUUGGGAGGAGCCAUGUCAGGAUGAGGGGGGGUGCGCUUAUCUCUUUUUCGAUAACCUAGGCGGCCCGUCUUAAUUAGUGUGAAUCACUCCAUUCAUGUGACUCCCUUCCUUGUGACUCCUGGACUUGGGAGUCCUUUUUUUUUUCCUUUUUUUUAAAAAUCUCUGCUACUUCUUUUUACCCAGUACGUCCUUUGGGAACCUAUUAUUUAUACAAGAUUUCAUUCCACUAAGUUCCCGUAUUUUGGUGUGAAUGAUCAAAAGUGUUGUGCCCAAUGACUACACGCCACUUAAUCCCGUUUUACUACUAAAACACAGCGUGUGAUGACUACUGAAGUCUGUGUUCCAAGCUCUUUUUUUUUUUUUUUUGGUAUGAAAUACUAUUGUUUGUGGUCUUAUCAGUCGCCCACUGGACUUUAUCAUUGGGACUGUUUACAUCUUUCAUAUUAUAUUUCCUAGCCAGAGUGGUGCUGUUGCCAUGUAUUUAGCUGCAAAGAAAAGAAAAAUACAUUUGUAUAUAGGGAUUUUAAAGUGCUUAUAUGAAGCUAAUGGAACAAAAUCGCUUGAAAGUAUUUGUAGGGGUUUUUUUUUUUUUUUUUUUUAGUUUGUACAUUUUUAUUUUUACGGUAUGCUUUUUAUAGAUGAAGUGUCUCCAUGUAAAACUUCUAUUCCGAGUGUGUAGCUUCCACUGUUCCCUGGAAGGCGGCGUUGUUGCUCUAGUGUGUGUGCUUUUGUUUUGUUUUUGAUUUUGUUGUUUUUAAAAGAUGAGGUGACCUUCUCAAUGCACAGGCCUCAUGACUGUUUUAUGCAAUAUAGACAUGGACUAGCUAGCUGCAAUAUGUAUGUGUGUGAGCGGUGGUGCUCCUGUUGUACAAAACAAGCAACGGAAAGAAAAAAACAAACACUAAAAGGCAAUAAAGACGACUAUUGAGAACAAAAUAAAUCUCCAAAGACAA